AGCAGUUAUAAAUCAGCCAGUAAGAUUGUAGGAGCUCAGUGGUGCUGUCUUACCCUCCUCACUUACUCUCUCUCUUACUCUUUCUUUCUCGCUCUCUGUCUUUGCUCCUGUUCUUGCACUCAGCUCUAAACAUGGCAGACGUUUUUGUUGGCACAUGGAACUUAAAGGAGAGCAAGAAUUUUGAUGACUACAUGAAAGCCCUCGGCGUUGGCUUUGCCACGCGUCAGGUUGGCAGUAUGACCAAACCUACGACCAUCAUCUCCAUGGAGGGCGAUGUCAUCACACUUAAGACCGUCAGCACAUUCAAAACCACAGAAAUCAAUUUCAAACUGGGAGAGGAAUUUGACGAGACCACUGCAGAUGACCGCAAAGUUAAGUCCACUAUAACUUUAGACGGAGGCAAAAUGGUUCAUGUUCAGAAAUGGGAUGGUAAAGAGACCACCCUGGUCCGAGAAGUCAAAGACAACAGCCUAACUCUGACGUUGACACUUGGCGACGUCGUCUCCACACGACACUAUAUAAAGGCAGAAUAAAGGAAAACCUCAGUCACAACCCGUCCUCAUCAAUGGUUAUAUACAUUUCCAGUGGUUUUUCUGUGGUGUUCAUCCAUUUCAUUUGCAUUGUUCCUCAAACACUGAAUAAAAUUCCGACUUCAUAUCUCCAGAUCUGUAUUUGAGCUUGUAUUCAGGGUGUGUGAUAUGCUUCUUCAGUCAGUGUUAUGGCUUAUGCCUUUAGUCAACAAUAAAUGACAUUUGCUCCAAA